GCGGUGCAGUCUGGGGGAACAUGGCCGCUUCCGGUCUCCCUCCCGGGCCGGCGCUGGCCUGACCGCGGCCCCUGCCCGGCGCACUCCGCCCUCCGCUCCUCCCGCCCCGCAGCCGCGGAGGCCGCUUCAGCCUUUCCCUCCCGCUGUCCCCGCCGCGCCAUGGAGAAGAGCUCGAGCUGCGAGAGUCUUGGCUCCCAACCGGCCGCAGCACGGCCGCCCAGCGUGGACUCCCUGUCCAGUGCUUCCACGUCUCAUUCAGAGAAUUCAGUGCAUACAAAAUCAGCUUCUGUAGUAUCAUCGGACUCCAUUUCAACUUCUGCAGACAACUUUUCUCCUGAUUUGAGGGUCCUGAGGGAAUCUAACAAAUUAGCAGAAAUGGAAGAACCACCCUUGCUUCCAGGAGAAAAUAUUAAAGACAUGGCCAAAGAUGUAACUUAUAUAUGUCCAUUCACUGGUGCUGUACGAGGAACUCUGACUGUCACGAAUUACAGGUUAUAUUUUAAAAGCAUGGAACGGGAUCCCCCAUUUGUUUUAGAUGCCUCUCUUGGUGUGAUAAGUAGAGUAGAAAAAAUUGGUGGUGCUUCUAGUCGAGGUGAAAAUUCUUAUGGACUAGAAACUGUGUGUAAGUUUCAGGUGGACAGUAUAGUGAUCAACAGUUCCAUAUGUUACUCAGUUCUCAUCAAGAUAAGUCCUCUUUUUGCUUUUGAAUACAAAGAAGUGUUCCCUGAAAAUGGGUGGAAGCUAUAUGACUCUCUUUUAGAGUAUAGAAGACAGGGAAUUCCAAAUGAAAGCUGGAGAAUAACAAAGAUAAAUGAACGCUACGAGCUUUGUGAUACAUAUCCUGCCCUCUUGGUUGUGCCGGCAAAUAUUCCUGAUGACGAAUUAAAGAGAGUGGCAUCCUUCAGAUCAAGGGGCCGUAUCCCAGUUUUAUCAUGGAUUCAUCCUGAAAGUCAAGCCACUAUCACUCGGUGUAGCCAGCCCAUGGUAGGAGUGAGUGGAAAGCGAAGCAAAGAAGAUGAAAAAUACCUUCAAGCUAUCAUGGACUCCAAUGCCCAGUCUCAUAAAAUCUUUAUAUUUGAUGCCCGGCCAAGUGUCAAUGCUGUUGCCAAUAAGGCGAAGGGUGGAGGUUAUGAGAGUGAAGAUGCCUAUCAAAAUGCAGAACUAGUUUUUCUGGAUAUCCACAAUAUUCACGUUAUGAGAGAAUCAUUACGAAAACUGAAGGAGAUUGUGUACCCUAACAUUGAGGAGACUCACUGGUUGUCUAACUUGGAAUCUACUCACUGGCUUGAACAUAUUAAGCUCAUUCUUGCGGGGGCUCUCCGGAUUGCUGACAAGGUAGAGUCCGGGAAGACAUCUGUGAUAGUGCAUUGCAGUGACGGCUGGGACCGCACAGCUCAGCUGACUUCCCUUGCCAUGCUCAUGCUCGAUGGGUACUAUCGGAGCAUCCGAGGCUUUGAAGUCCUUGUGGAAAAAGAAUGGCUGAGCUUUGGUCAUCGAUUUCAGCUUAGACUUGGCCAUGGAGAUAAGAACCACGCAGAUGCAGACAGAUCGCCUGUUUUUCUUCAGUUUAUUGACUGUGUCUGGCAAAUGACAAGACAGUUUCCUACAGCUUUUGAAUUCAAUGAAUAUUUUCUCAUUACCAUUUUGGACCAUCUAUAUAGCUGUUUAUUUGGAACAUUCCUCUGUAACAGUGAACAUCAGAGAGGAAAAGAGAAUCUUCCUAAAAGGACUGUGUCACUGUGGUCUUACAUAAAUAGCCAGCUGGAAGACUUCACUAAUCCUCUCUAUGGGAGCUACUCCAAUCACGUCCUUUAUCCAGUAGCCAGCAUGCGCCACCUAGAGCUCUGGGUGGGAUAUUACGUCAGGUGGAAUCCCCGGAUGAAACCACAGGAGCCCAUUCACAACAGAUAUAAAGAACUUCUUGCUAAACGAGCAGAGCUUCAGAAAAAAGUAGAGGAACUCCAGAGAGAGAUUUCCAACCGAUCAACCUCAUCCUCCGAGAGAGCCAGUUCUCCUGCACAGUGUGUCACUCCUGUCCAAACUGUUGUAUGAAGGGACUGUUCAAGGGGGACCGGCAUUGCCAUGAACUCUGGAUUACAGUGGCAGCUUUAGGAGUCUAACUUCAGUCUUCUGAAGUUAGAACGUACCCCCGGGAGAAGUGCAGUUGCUGUAUUUAUUUUAAAUCCCUCCAGGAUGGGUUUAGAACUGUGGCAGUGCAGGUGGCGUGUGUGAAAUAACCCUGUAUGUAAUUACACGAUUAUGCCACUAAUCUUCUAAGUCACCCAAAGAAUAUUAAGAUGCUUCAAUACCAGAUCCACAGUGGGAACAAGUUUCUGAUUUUAAAAUCAAAAUACAGACCACUUCAGAAACAUACCUCUUGCUGGAAGAGAACUCGUGGCACAAAGGGAAGGAGCAUCCCAUUUAUCUCAGCACACCGACCCUGCAAUUCCGUGGCAUUAUACAGAUACUGAGCCUCGAUGGCCCGAAAGCUCAGAAAUCCGUAGACACUCCCUUCCCCCGUCGUGGGUUUUUCUUUUCUGUAGUAAUUUACUUUGAUCACCCUUCUGCACCCACUCUCUUCAUAUCUGAUAUGGCAAAGUCUUGAGGCUAUUAUGGCGUAGUAGUAGUUGGAAAUUUCUGCUGUCGUUACUGGCGUAUGUAUUGAAGAUGUAGUAGCUAGCUGUUCCAGACAGACGCCUUAGAGAUGGGCUUGGGGGUGGGGGCGGGACUGAGGAGGAAGAAGUGGUAGCCGUCCAGGGUUUCGAAGAAUUCUACACCCUUCAGAUUAGUUUCCGUUUGCCCAGUUACCAGAAACAUAAUGAAACGUAUUUUACAAAUUCAUUAUUACCUUACUUUAUUGCAUUUAUGCAAUAAUGUUUUGUGUGUGUGUCUGAACACAGAAGUUAACUGGUUAAGUUUUGAGGCAAUAUUUUAAAAGUUCACUAGGAUUGACUUGUUUCCUGAAGGAAACAAAUAGCUUAUGGGUGAGAAAUACGAUGCUCAAAUUUUACAUAAAAUAUUUUACUACUUGGCAAAUUGUGUAAUUCCAGUGAAAGAUUAAGUCUACCAAAGAACUUACUGCACGUACAAAUGUAUUAGUCUCAAUGCCAGUAAAGGAAAUACUGCUUCAGUGUUCACCUGCCGGUAACAGUUCAGCCCUGGUAGAAACAUUUGACUCCCUGAUAUCUUAAGAGCCAUAUGUUAUGUACUGUAACAAAGGAGCUUCUUGUCCCUUGGGUCUUUAAUUAAAAGGAAAUUUCAACUGACUUUUAAAA